AUGCCACCUUUACCGCCCAAAGGUCCUGCAAAUCGCCGAGCACCGUUACGACCAGUAGAUCAUUCAUCAGAUUCGCUAAAAUCAAAAUCAUCACCGAGGAGCUCAACAUCAAGCAAUGUAUCAACCACUCCUACCAAAAAGCCUACUGCUCCAAAGAAGGAAACGUCUCAGCGGCACGGCUUGAAACCAAAUGCAAUCUUGCAUCGUGAAGUGCCACGAAAGGCAGCGACCACACUACCCUCACCACUGCUUGUUGCUCAUACUGGCAUAUAUCAGCAUCUAUCUCGACAAGCAUUUCCAAAUGGCAUGGACGUGACUUCAGCAAUGCCAACUCUGCAGGGGACUGAUCCGCUCGUAGAAGAAAUCUUUCAGACUAUAUCGAGAGAGCGUGUGAUUAUUCCACGUCCUCCUACAGGGUAUCAAAAAGAGCAAGCAUCUGAGCAGUCUCUGCCAGCCACUCCGUUCGUUAGUAUGGAUCUAUUGGCUGUAGCGAGAGAAGGCAAUGACAGUACAAGAGAUCCUGAUGGAAUUGUAGUCAAGGAUGGAGAGCUAGUGCGGCAUUCUCCAGCUUGUAUACAUAUGCAGAGACUAUUGCGAGGCAUUGAAGGUUAUGAUGUAGUGUUGUCGCUUGUCAUGAAGCUAUGCCGCGACUAUACAGUCAAUUGGGCUGAAAUAUCUCUUAAAAAGUUUGAAAAGCUGCUACAUCGACCGUUACUGUAUCCCGUGACGAAAUCCGACUUGAUUUCCAUUCUCGCUAACAAGUCUGAUGUGGAGAGAAUCAUUCACCUUCCAGGGCAAAGAUACAAGUCUAUGGAUAGGAAAGACGCAGCUGCCAUCACGAUACAACGAAAUCUCCGAAUGUAUUUAUGUAAAAGCAGCUACGUGCUGUUACUUGCUCAACGAAUCGCCUGUCGAAGUCUAUUAAAGCACUGGGAGUCUCAUUUGACGAGACGGCGGACGUAUAAUUUAGUUAUGGAGCGCCGAGAAAGGCAUCAAAAAGUUUCAGUCGAGUUGUAUUUGAAGUUUCGAGACAACUGGGCUGAAAACAAGAACAAAGCAAGGUUGCUGGUACAUAUCCCCUCUUUAUCUUGUCCACCUGGUCGGCGAGACAAAUAUGGAGCAAUAGAUUCUUGGUACUGGCAACAGAUAUCCAAAUUAACUGAGCUGCUGACGGAUCCACAUUUGCAAAUACUCUACGUCGUUCCACCUGGACAACUUCACAAAGAUCCAGUCAAGGCUCUUAUGGACAGUCUUGGAAGCCCAGUACCAUCAGGUCUUCAGAGCAAAUUUAAUCGCAUUCGAGUACUCCAGCCCGAAAAUGGACACUUGUUGCCAGAAGGAUCUUGUUUAGCUUCCAUGCUCAUGAUAUCCCCGUGGGCAUUGCAAGAAAUUAGAGCUAUGGCUUGGACAGUUGGCAAUGCCUUUAUAGUGCCUGGUAUAUGUGGUUCUUCCUAUGUAAAGGGUUCUGUGACCGAAGAGGAGGUUCUCAGUUCUGUCCUUGGAGUUCCACUAUAUUCUCACCCAUCAUUUCACCAUUUAAUGACUGGUGAAGAAUCCGCCCAGUCCCAAGCCCUGUCACUGUGUGACUUCCCUAUCAAACAAGUCCGUGAAGGAACCAACUGUGUGAACUCCCACUAUGUAAUAUCACCUGAAGGCAAUAUCACUCUCGUGGGCACUACAGAGACGCUACACAUGCCAAACAACAGUGUCCUCGGCUACCGCAUUCCGCAAAGUCUUGCAGAAGAUAUACAAAUCGUAGUGGCCGGUGAACGAUUAGCCAAACAGUAUUACACGUCAACUCGAUAUUGUGGAGAUUUUGCUGUCGAGUUUCUAAUCGUUGGAGAAUUCAUUUCUGUAUCUCGAGUGUUUUGUCACCAGACUCCAUCACUUCAAGCACUUGUUCGAUUUGUACUUUGUACGGAAUCUUUGGUUGAUCAAGUUACAGGUGUGCCAUUCUUUGAUCGAAAUCAAGCAAGGGCUCCUGAAUUAGAAUACUUGUCCAAAUCACCGUAUAUCAAUAUGGAAUCCGUUGUCGCUGCUGCUGGCAUGACAUCGGAAACCGGCCGCGAUGAUGAGCAACGAUGUGGACUAGUGAUAGAGGGUGCGCUUCAUCCCAAUCUGUAUGUAAUGAGCAGAAUUGCACUCAAAACCAUUACUGGUGAAUCUGGAAUUGCAUUUGAUUCUAUAUGGCGAGUGGGAUCUCUAUUCGUGGAUUGUAAAGUGGCACCGAGAAACAAUCUGCAAAUCAUAUGCUCGGCUUCAUCUCAUGAAUUCGCUGCGACGACGGCAAUCCAGACUCUUGUCAUGUCUUCAAGAUCACUACAACUGCCCACACUACCGCCCACAAGCGGAAACUUUAGAGAGAUUUGUGAUGUGUUGAGCUCCAUAGCACAGAGUCUACCAGCGUCACUCGACCCCUCCUCCAACCUGACACUUACUGAGUUAGAAGUUGCCAUGGCAGGAUACCUACCGCCCGAGAUGUUUGCUCCUCGAACCGUAACGAUUUCACCAGAAAUGAAGAACAAGAUCAAUGAAAAGUAUCUCGAAUCUACCGUCAUAAAAAUGGCUCCUGCCGUCGUAGCUUUACUGGAUGCUCCAAUUCCAUCAGAGUCCCUAAACCGAGCCCUCUUCGUAGUCCCACCUCCAAUCGUUUACGAGUAUGGCACGUAUCGAACCGAGGUCGGUAAUGGCCCUGAAGAGUAUCUGAAGCAACUAGAUGCUUCCAUAAGUGCCGCUGAUGGCCGUCUUAGCGCACAACAACAAGAAGAACUCAACAAGAAGGAGCUUGAAAGGCUGGAGCGGGAACGUGUAGCGGAACCAGAACAGACUCAGCUUGGGAAGAAUUGGGAAGAAUUCUUACAGAAACGAAUGAGUGGUGCUACCAGUCGAGCUGUAUCCGUUGUGGCGCCAAGUAGACAGGGAUCUGUAUUUGAGGCACCCGAUCGUGCUCUGUCUAUUGGACCACCGUCAAUUAGCUGCCAGCCUUCACUUCUCGAACCUAGCAGUGAAGGAACACCCAAGGAAGGAGGAGCAUCCAAAGGAAAGAUUAAAGGAUUGUUUGUUGCACAGGGACUGGCUGACAUGUUCAAAAGCUCAACAUCAGUCAACAAAAAAUGA